AUGACUAUUUUAAAUAUCAGAAAAAUAGAAGAUUAAAUUAAUAAAAUUUUUAAUCACAUUCUGAAAGAGAAUAAGAUUUUAAAGACUAUUUUAUAGACGUAAAAUUAAAGAAACCUUUAUUAAAUUUUGAGAUUAACUGAGGUAUUGGGACAAUUUUGA